AUGAGGGACUUUCCUGCGGUGGAAGAGAGGUCCGUUGAUGAAGCCCGCCGGCUGAGAGUGGUCAUCAUCGGUGCUGGCAUUUCAGGGAUUCUGGCAUGUAUCCGCUUCAGGCAGCGAAUUCCCAAUCUGGACAUAUGUGUAUACGAGAAGAAUGCAGAUAUUGGAGGGACCUGGUUUGAGAAUCGAUAUCCAGGGUGUGCUUGUGAUAUUCCAGCUCAUACCUACCAAGCGACCUUCGAGCCUAACAAAGAGUGGUCUACAUUUUAUGCCAAGGCUGAAGAGAUCCACCAGUAUUGGAAGCAUGUCGCCGAGAAGUACGGAUGCAUGGAGCACAUCAAAUUGAGACAGCAGAUGUCCGAAGCUGUCUGGGAUGAGGAGCAAUCAAAGUGGAAUCUGGGGAUUCAAGACUCGGCGAGCUCGACCACUUACACAGAUCGAUGUGAUAUCGUAAUUCAGGCGACGGGAGCAUUGAACAACUGGAAAUGGCCAAAUAUCCCUGGCCUUCAGGAAUUCAAGGGCAAGUUGAUGCACAGUGCCUCGUGGGACCAGACCUAUGAUUACAAGGGCAAACGUGUUGCGGUCGUCGGUAACGGGUCGAGUGGGAUCCAGAUUGUUCCCGCAUUGCUACCUGACGUGCCACACAUCGACCAUUAUGCGCGCAGUAGGACGUGGAUUUCCCCGUCGUUUGGGCGAGAGCAAAUUGAAAAGCGUGGACAGGGGCUGGACAAUUUUACCUUCACGUCCGAAGACAUCGAAACCUUCAAGAAAGAUCAUCAGACAUAUCAGAAAUUCCGCAAAGACGUAGAGCUAGAGCUUCAGUCUAUCCAUGGUAUCACCCUUACCGGGCAUUCAAUGCAGCUCGCAGAACAGGAGGUAUUCGCAGAGAACAUGAAGCGGCGCCUGGCCAAUAAACCUGGACUGAUUGAUGAACUACUUCCUUCCUUUCCGCCCGCGUGUCGCCGACUCACCCCAGGUCCCGGCUAUUUAGAAGCGUUGACAGAUGACAAGGUAAAUCUUAUCACAUCGGAUAUUGUCAAGGUGGACGAAACCGGGAUAAUUACCGCAGAUGGUCAACACCGGCCUGUCGACAUGCUUGUAUGUGCGACCGGCUUUGACACAUCAUAUAUUCCACGGUUUGUGAUCAAAGGCCGGAAAGGUGUCACCCUUUCGGAACGAUGGGAACAAACCCCGGAGACCUACCUCUCAAUCGCGACAGAUGGGUUCCCGAACUAUUUCAUUUCCCUCGGACCUAAUGCCGGGCUGGGCGAGGGCAAUCUUCUCCUGCUCAUCGAGAGAGGGAUAGAUUAUGUCACAGAAUGUGUGCGCAAGAUGCAGCGGGACAAUAUUCGGGCUAUGGGUGUUCGGCGGGAGGCAGUCAAGCGUUUCACACGAUACUGCGAUGCAUAUUUCGCGGGAACUGUAUUCAGCAGUAAGUGUCGCAGCUGGUAUAAGGGUGGUACUGAGGAUGGUCGGGUCACCGCUCUCUGGCCAGGUUCUUCCCUACACUCCAUGAAGGUGCUCGCAAACCCCCGAUGGGAGGACUUCGAGUAUUGUUAUGUGAAUGAUAACGUCUUUGGUUGGCUUGGGGAUGGCUGGACAGAGAAUGAGAAGCAUAACAAGAUCAACGUGGAUUACUUGGAUGAUAGAAUGGUUGAUUUUCCGUGUCCAAUGAAUAUCGCUAAAUAG